AUGGCAUCUUCUUCAAAGGAUACCAAGACCUGCGCCGCAGUCAAGCCGGUUCCCAUGAGCUCCGCUCCUCCCCCUCCUUGUGACCUUCCUCUGGGUCUGAUGAGCCCAGCUAGCUGGGUGCCCUAUAUGCAAUUAAUGCGUCUCGACCGACCGGCAGGUUUCAUAGGAUUCUACAUGCCUUCGGUACUUGGUCUCGUCUACGCGGCCAGCCUCGGCAGAGAGAAGGUGGAGCCGAUGCAGCUGCUAUGGGGGAGCGGCUUCUUCUUGGUAGCCAACAUAUUCAUUCGCGGGGCCGCCUGCACCUGGAACGACAACAUUGACCAAGAGUACGACCGCCAGGUGCUCCGCUGCCGCCAGCGCCCGAUCGCACGGCGGGCAGUGUCGACUACGCAGGCCCACGUCUUUCUGGCUGUGCAACUGGUAGUUCUUGCGAUGCUUUUCAACCCACUGCCCCGGCCCUGCGCCGCUGUCGCCACCGUGAUGGGUGCCCUGUACGCCCUGUACCCUUUCUGCAAGCGCUUCACCCACUACCCACAGGCCAUCCUCGGCGUGCCCCUUGCCCUCUCCAUUGUCAUCUCCGCCUACUCCCUCGAUAUUGACGUGGCCUUCUUCAAUGCAAGAAAUGGCCCUGCCACAUUGGCUCUAUGCGCUGCCGAGGUUUUCUGGACCAUGAUCUAUGACACCAUCUACGCCCACCAGGAUCUCCCCGACGACGUCCGUGCCGGUGUCAAGUCUAUGGCCGUGCGCUUUCGCCACUGCACCAAGCCUCUUUGCUCCCUCUUGGCCGUCUUGCAGCUCGCUCUCCUGACCCUGGCUGGUGUGUGGACUGACAUGCCAGCCGGCUAUUUCCUUGUGGGUGUGUCCGGCACCGCUGUCGCGCUGGCCGUAAUGAUCGCCUCGGUUGAGCUAGAUGUACCGGCGAGUUGUGCUCGGUGGUUCAAGUUGGGAUUUUGCUUUGUGGGCGGAUCGAUGAACGGUGGCUUCCUGGUCGCCUAUCUGGAAAGCUGGUGGUUCAAUCAAUCAUGA